AUGCAGAGAAUUAACAAAGAGACAGGGAUUUAUUCCAUGACUCAUAAGCCAAAAAAUUCUGGAGACAAGAGAUCUCCGUCUAAAUCCAAGUCUAGUGGCAAUUCGGCAGAAUCAUCAAGUAGACACAAACACAAAUACCGGCGAAGUGGUCAUCAAUCUAAGAGCUCAUUUCCGAGACUAGAUGACAUAGACCAUUUGGGAAUUACCUUGACAUCUCCGAAUGCCCUUUCGGCAGGUUUUGAGACAGAUGGUAAGCAAGAUGACCCUAGUUCUUUGAACGAAUGGCAAACUAACUUUGCUUCAGAAAAUAAUAGCUCUGCAUGGACCGUAGAAGAGAAUGGACUUGAUGAGAGCACGGAUGGAGAGCAGGCUGUUGGUGUGAAUAAAGACAAAGUGAAGUCAGAAAUUGAUGCCAUUGAAAAGCAGGCAAACUCUGGUGAUAUUAGACAGGCACUGAAUAGAAAUGUAGACGGAAUAUCUCUAGACUAUGGAUCACCUUUGUAUUACGCAUGGAGUUCUAAUGAUAAUGCCAGUCCUCCAAUAUCUGCUAAGGAAAUUUCUGACAUAUUCAUCCGGGUAGGAGACACAUUUGGUUUCCAGAAGGACAAUGUUAAGAACAUGUUUGAGCAUCUGAUGGUAUUAUUAGACUCUCGUUCUUCAAGACUGGGUAUGAGCAGAGCUUUGCUUAGCUUACAUGCCGAUUACAUUGGAGGAGAAAACGCUAACUUUCGCAAAUGGUAUUUUGCUGCACAAAUAGAUGGUUACAAGCAUUCUCAAACCACGAUCGACCCGAAUUCAAAGCCUGAGACGCCCCUUUCUAAGCAAAAAUAUGAUUGCAACAACCUAGAUGCCGCUCUGGAAAUUUGGAGAAAACAAAUGGCGUCCAUGUCAACUGAGCACCGCAUUUCGCAAAUAAUAAUUUAUCUGUUGUGCUGGGGAGAAGCGAAUCAAGUAAGGUUUAUGCCUGAAUGUCUUGCUUUCAUUUUUUUGUGUGCAAACGAACAUUACUUUCAUUCCAUUAAUGCUUCUUCUGCCGCAAGCUACGAGUAUUCUACAGGGCCGUCGAUGGUUGGUUCCAAGGAAUACUCUGAGUUUUACUUUCUCGAGAAAAUUAUAACUCCAUUUUAUGAUAUACUGCGGGGACAGCUUUAUGAAAACGUUAACGGAGUAUAUAUACGCAAAGAAAGGGAUCACAGCAAAGUUAUUGGAUAUGAUGAUAUCAACCAGCUGUUUUGGUAUAAACAGGGAAUAGAACGGUUGAAAUUAGAAAAUGGAGAAUCGCUAGUUAGUUUGCCCAUUUACGAGUGGUAUUCAAACUUAGAGUAUGUCAAAUGGAACAGAGCGUUUUACAAGACUUAUUGUGAGACACGGUCAUGGUUACACAUGGCUAUUAAUUUCAACAGAAUAUGGAUCAUCCAUUUAUCAAUGUUCUGGUUCUACACUGCGUUUAAUUCUCCAUCACUCUACACGAUUGACUUUGAUUAUACCAAGAACAAUCAGCCACCAUCACAUGUAAGAUGGACAGUUGUGGCGCUUGGUGCCGCAAUAGGCCCAUUUGUAAACAUAGUUGCGACAGCGUCCGAGUAUAUGUUUGUUCCACGUAAAUUUCCAGGAGCUCAAGGUUUGCUACUGCGACUGGUUAUCCUAAUUAUUGCAUUAGCAAUUGUUGUGGCACCAACUCUAUAUAUUUUGCUCAAGAGGCCACUAAAUGGACCGGACAGAGUAGGCACUAGUAUUGCCAUUGUUCAAAUGGCGCUAGCAAUUGUAUUUACGAUAUUCUUCUCCAUAACUCCCUUGGGUCAUCAGUUCGGGAGCUUAUUUUCUAGAGAUAAAGGGAGGAAAAAUCUUGGAACUAAAUACUUCACUGCCGCUUUUCAUGAAUUGCGUGGAAACGACAGGUUGAUCUCUUAUGGUCUAUGGGUUUCAAUAUUGGUUGCAAAACUUACUGAGUCGUACUUCUUUUUAACCUUGUCUUUGCGAGAUCCUAUUCGAGAGCUGUCGGUACUGAAUCUUUCAAACUGCAUUGGGGAUGUUUACUUGGGUCCUGUACUCUGCAAACAACAAGCCAAGAUAGUCAUGUUUGGAAUGUUUGUAACCGACCUUGUUUUGUUCUUCCUAGAUUCAUACCUGUGGUACAUCAUAUUCAAUACUCUCUUUUCUGUGGCGAGAUCAUUCUAUCUCGGCGUAUCCAUUUGGACUCCUUGGCGUAACAUCUACUCAAGGCUUGUGAAGAGAAUUUCUUCAAAAAUUCUAUUUGGUCAUGGUAUUCCUUCAAAUACAGAUCAAGGUACGAAAAUGGUAUCUGACAUUUGGAAUGGUAUCAUUGACAGCAUGUACAUGCAACAUCUAAUCCCAUUUGGAGAAUGCGAAAAACUUCUAUUUAAAAUAGAAAAGUCACCAGAAGGAAAAGAAGAGGUGGUUGAGCCGACGUUUUUUUUAUCACAAGAAGAUCAAUCUUUUCAUUCGUCUGUUUUUGAAGCUCAAUCUGAGGCGGAGAGACGGAUAUCAUUUUUUGCCCAGUCUCUAGCGACGCCAAUACCAGAAACGUAUCCAAUUGAAAAUAUGCCUACAUUCACUGUACUUAUACCUCAUUAUCGUGAGAAGAUUAUGCUCGGUAUUCGUGAGGUGAUUAGAGGAGAUGAUCAAGAUGCCAGAAUAUCACUCUUGGAAUAUCUAAAACAACUCCACCCGCUAGAAUGGGACUGUUUUGUGGAGAAAACAAAGGAAGAAAACUUGAUAAAAGCCAUUGGUCUCUCCAACGACAACAGAAAACAUCAGACUGGACAUUCUGAAAUCCCAUUUUACUGUAUCGGCUUCAAAUAUGCCGAAGACUCUGAAGUCUACAAGACAAGAAUUUGGGCAUCUGAAAGAGCGCAAACCCUAUACAGAACUGUUGCUGGAUUUACAAAGUACUCUGAAGCGAUACGACUUUUGUAUGAUGUCGAAAAUAAAUCUGGUGUGUCCAGUUGUUUACAAAAUGUUGAAAAAGUCAUAGAUCGUAAAUUCAGACUUUUGGUCAGUAUGCAGAGAUAUCCAGAGUUUAACGAAGAUGAACGCGAGGAUACAGAGCAGCUUUUGUUGAACUUUCCUCAGCUGAAAAUAGCCUAUAUUUCGAAAGAGAUUGACGAGUCGAGUGGCACCGAAUAUUAUUAUUCUGUGUUAAUUGAUAGAGAUUCAAUGUUAAACAAGGAUGGCUCAAGGGAGCCUAAUAUUAAAAUCCGUCUUUCAGGAGAUCCAAUACUAGGAGAUGGCAAGGGUGACAAUCAAAACCAUGCAAUUAUAUUUUACCGUGGCGAAUAUAUUCAACUGGUUGAUGCAAACCAAGACAACUACCUUGAAGAGUGUUUGAAAAUCCGAAGUGUUCUAGCAGAAUUCGAGGAGAUUGCAUACCCCAGAGAUCCAUAUAGCCCGGCUACCAAUAUUGAAGGAAACUCUGGGAAUGCUUUACCCCGCGCGCCGGUGGCAAUUUUAGGAGCACGAGAGUAUGUCUUUUCAGAGAAUAUUGGCGUUUUAGGCGACGUAGCUGCCGGAAAAGAACAGACAUUUGGUACAUUAUUUGCCAGAACUUUGGCCAAGAUUGGCGGCAAACUUCAUUACGGCCACCCAGAUUUUCUCAACGGCAUAUUUAUGACAACAAGAGGUGGUGUGUCCAAGGCUCAAAAGGGUCUUCAUUUGAACGAAGAUAUAUAUGCGGGAAUGACAGCUAUCCUACGAGGAGGCCGAAUAAAGCACAGCGAGUACAUCCAGUGUGGAAAGGGAAGAGAUCUGGGGUUUGGUUCUAUCCUAAACUUUACCAGUAAAAUUGGGGCUGGAAUGGGCGAGCAGAUGCUGUCAAGAGAAUAUUUCUAUCUUGGCACUCGACUACCAUUAGAUCGAUUUCUGUCAUUUUACUAUGCUCAUCCCGGGUUUCACAUUAAUAAUAUGUUCAUUGUUGUUUCCUUAGAGCUGUUUUUAGUGGUGAUGCUGAACCUGGCAGCUCUUGCUGGAGAGACGGUUAUUUGUGAUUACGAUCCAAAUGCACCAAACACUGACGUCCAUCAUCCUCCGGGCUGUCAAAAUCUGAUUCCUUUAUUCAAAUGGGUAGAGAGAUGUGUUCUUUCAAUUUUCGUAGUAUUCUUUAUCUCAUUUCUUCCACUAUUUGUACAGGAGUUAACAGAAAGAGGGUUUUGGCGCUCAACCACAAGACUUGGAAAACAUUUGUUGUCUCUGUCUCCUAUAUUUGAAGUGUUUGUCUGUCAGAUAUAUGCCCAGUCACUUACUUAUGAUUUGUCAAUGGGAGGAGCAAAGUAUAUCUCUACCGGAAGAGGGUUUGCUACUUCAAGAAUCUCGUUUGCUACUCUUUAUACUAGGUUUGCUACUACAUCUAUUUACUUUGGGACCAGGUCGUUUGUCAUGCUACUGUUUAUAAUAAUCACAUCCUGGAAAGUUUCCUUGUUGUGGUUUCUGAUUACUACAGUGGCAUUGUGUCUCGCACCAGUGAUUUAUAAUCCUCACCAGUUUGCUCGUCAUGCGUUUAUCCUCGACUAUAGGAAUUUUAUUCUAUGGCUCUUCAGAGUAGAGAAGGUGGGCGGUGAAGGAAGCGGACAGCAUAUAAACUCGUGGAUUGGGUACAUCAGAGAAAACCGAGCACAGAUCACCGGGUACAAACGUAAAACGUUAGAAACGUUGGAUAGUCAUAAAGAAGGCUCCAUUCCCAAGAUUCUGAAUAUAAUCACAUCAGAGGUGCUCAUUCCACUACUUGUGGCUUCUUCGGCAGUGAUUCCGUAUCUGUAUGUUCAUUCUCAAAACAAGAUCCGCGCCUUGAAGCCUUAUUCGAAUCCCAUAAUGAGACUGGGAAUAUGCGCAUUUGGCCCAAUGCUUGUGGACGGAAUGGUGAUAUUAAUUACAUUUUUCAUUGCCUGUUGUACGAACCCUCUCUCUAAACGAGUGAAAAAGAAGGACCGUGCCGAAAUAAUGUCGCCAGGCCUGGCAAUUAUCACCCACCUAAUCGCAGUGGUUAAUCAUUUUGCAUUUUUCGAAGUAAUGUGGCUAAUGGAAAGGUGGAAUUUUCGCCGGGCACUGCUAGGAAUCAUAUCAGUAAUUUUGGUUCAAACCUGUAUCAUUAAAAUCAUCACAGGACUGCUGCUGACAAGAGAGCUCAAACACUCGAGAAGUUCUGUGUCUUGGUGGACAGGCGGUUGGGCGACUUCUGAGUUAGGGUGGAUGGUUACGACCCAGCCAAUACGGGAGUAUAUUUGCAAGGUCAUGGAAAUGAGUCUUUUUGCACUGGAUUUUACGCUCGGACAUUUCAUUUUCUUUGUACAGAGCCCGCUAUUAUCAAUACCAUACAUUGAUCGAUGGCACAGUAUGAUGUUGUUUUGGCUGAGACCCAAAAAGCAGAAACUGUCGGAAAAGCUCGUGUCAUCUACUACCACUGUUUGGCGGCAAAAUAGGCGGAUGAGGAGGUACUCAGCUUUGUUUCUUCUAGUGAUGAUAUUGUUCAUGGCAGCCUUGAUUGGGCCAGCAUUUAUCCCCGAGGAAUACAAAAAUGCGGUUGCUGAUUAUGUAGAGUCGUAUUAUCCUGGAAUCGUAAGCCCCACCCCAGCUCGUUAA